CAUCACGACGAGACCGGCGAAUAUCCCAUCGAUAUUAUCAAAAAAGCUCACGCUUUGGGUCUAAUGACUACUAGUAUUCCCGAAGAGUACGGCGGACAGGGUUUGUCUCUUGUGGACCACUGUCUCAUCGACGAGACGGUCGCCUACGGCUGCACCGGAAUCGGCACAGCGAUGACAGCCAACGCUUUAGGUCAGGCGCCGGUCCUUCUGUUCGGCAGCGAAGAGCAGAAGAAGGAGUAUUUGGGCAGAUGUGCGGCCGAACCGGUCAUGUGUUGCUAUGCGGUGACAGAACCGGGCGCUGGAAGCGAUGUGAACGGUGUCCGCACUAAAGGCGAGAAGAAUAAAGACGGCGAUUGGGUUAUCAACGGCCAGAAGAUGUGGAUUACGAACGCCGGUCACGCGAAUUGGAUGUUCGUGUUGGCCCGCACUAACCCCGACCCCAAAGCCAAGGCCAGCGAAGCGUUCACCGGUUUCAUUGUGGACGGAGACACUCCCGGCGUUAUCAUUGGGCGCAAGGAAUGGAAUUUGGGUCAGAGGUGUUCCGACACCAGAGGAAUCACAUUCGAGAACGCAGUGAUCCCUAAGAAGAAUGUGCUGAUCGGCGAAGGGAAGGGCUUUAAGAUAGCGAUGGGAGCGUUCGAUCUGACCCGACCUCCGGUGGCCGCGGGAGCCGUGGGUUUGGCUCAGCGGGCGUUAGACGAGGCGACGAAAUACGCGUUCGAACGCAAGACAUUCGGCGCUCCCAUUGCCAGCCAUCAGGCAAUUCAGUUCAUGUUAGCCGAUAUGGCGAUAGGCAUCGAGACGUCUCGCAUGGCAUACAUACGGAGCGCCUGGGAGUUCGACAACGGGAGGCGAAACACGUACUGGUCGUCGAUCGCCAAGUGUUUGGCCGGCGAUGUGGCCAAUAAGUCGGCGGCCGAUGCCGUCCAGAUCUUCGGCGGCGCCGGCUUUAACUCUGAAUAUCCCGUCGAGAAGCUUAUGAGAGACGCGAAGAUAUUCCAGAUCUAUGAGGGAACCGCUCAGAUCCAGAGGAUUAUCAUCGCCAGAGAGCACUUGACUAACGCUAAGACCAACUUAUAA